AUGAUAGAGGACAAAAUUACUCCAAACUUCAAGACCGAGCUAGUCGAUUACUCGAUUUUGCCCGAGAAUAAAUCUGGACCCUAUUCCGAUAAUAUUGAAAUCGAUGCCUUAAUCGUCGGGGCUAGAUUCGCUAGCAUAUUCAUGCUAAAGAUCCUUCGAGACCGUGGCUUCAAAGCUGUCAUUUUCGAAGCUGGGAAUGAUAGCGGCGGAACCUGGCGCUGGAACUGCUAUCCCGGUGCCGGUGUUGACUCGGAGGUACCAGAAUACGAGUUCUCCUGGCCUGAGGUCUGGAAAACCUGGAAUUGGUCGAGCAAUUAUCCUACAUACCAGGAUUUGCGCGCUUACUUCGAUCAUGUGGAUCAGAUCGUUGGCAUCAAGAAGGACUGUGCUUUCAAUACGGUUGUUGUUGGAGCGCAUUUUGAUGUUGUCUCUGGAAAGUGGACUGUCUGUACACAGGAUGGUCGGAAGGCCACUGCCAAGUAUCUGAUUCUAGGGACUGGAUUUGCGGCACGCCAGUACAUUCCCAACUGGCCUGGAAUGGAUAAAUUUAAAGGCAUAAUCCAUCAUUCCUCUUUCUGGCCAGACGAGAAAGUCGAAGUGAAGAACAAGCGUUGCGCCGUGAUUGGUACUGGCGCAUCCGGCGUUCAAAUCGUCCAAGCCUGGGUCCAGAAGCAGGCAAGGUGA